AUGUUUCUGCAGCUCCUUCACCUUGCCCAAGCCGGCCUGGCAGGCUACGGCGCGCAACAGUCCUACAUCGCCAUCACCAACCUGCAAAAGUACGAGGAGACAUCAGAGAAGCUGGCGAAAUACUCCAACGAGGCGGAAAGGCAGCUGCACAAGACGCGCACCACGCAGACGUCAGGCGCCCUGGCCAUCGCCGUCUCGCUGCUGGCAGCGCUGUACCUGUUCUUCAAGGGCAGCUCCGGCGGCUCACUGUUCCGGAUGUUGGCGUCACCUGCCAUGUGCGGUGGCAUCUACCUUGCGCGCGCACACAUUCAGGACUUUUGGGCAGGAGGCAAGAGGGUCCCGCUGCCAAAGAUGGAGGACUACAAUGAAGCGCAGCGACGCACGGAAGAACUGCUUCAAGUGCUGGACUGGUUGAUGUUCAGCUGGGCUGCUACAAGCCUGGUGGCCUUGUUUAAAGGGUACUAG